UCUCGCCACGCGUCAUCGCCCUACUGCACACGUCGCUCAUGGUCCCACGGACACCAUCGGCCGCGCGCGGCGCCGCGGCCCCGGGCAGCCACACGGCAUCUACAAGACUACAGCCUCCAGGCCCGAAACAACCUCUGGCAAGCCAAAGACGACCUCCUCCUCCUCUUCCUCUUCGACUUCGUCCUCGUCGCUGGUUCCCGCGCUCAUCAUAGCCCGCUCUACCCGCCCGGUGCCCGCUUCAUCGACGGCUCGCAUCACCGCGGUAAGCCACCGCCCGUCGUCCUUCGUUCGCGCUCGGGCCCCAUCGCCAAAGCCACCUCUCGCCGGUUUGCGAGCCAAACCAACCACCAGUCCACCACGGCUGUGUGUGUCUUCCUGAACGUCCUUCGUGCUCCCUGGCCCGUAAAUAAGCCUGCGAUCGCCGGAAUCGGCCGCCGCAACUUUUAUUUGUUACACCCGCGGGGAUUUGUUGGAUUGCUUGCUUACCAUUUUCGUGUGAUGAAACACAGAUUAUAUAUUCCCUCGUUCCUAACAGUCCAUGACCAUUUGCAGGAAUGAUGCAUUGUUCAUUUCUGAAGCUUGUUUGUCGAAGUACUGGAUUGUGAUGGCUGCAGCAUAGAUAAGGAUAGUAACGAGAGGGUACGAAGGGCCUGAAUUUGAUUAAAAAAACAGUUGGCUGUCAGGUUCUGUGGAGUGGAUCCAGUGAUCCACACCGAGCUUGUGAGCUUUUGCCUGUCUGAAAAGGCUUUUGUCGACCACCACUGUCUCUGCACAAUGGAUGGUGUGCGGUGUGUAGACUCUCUGGCUGCUGGGGUUGCUCCACAUAAUUCUUUCCGGACCCUUGGACCGACACUCCUGAUUUCAAUGGCGUAUCUUGACCUCGGAAAGUGGUUGGUGACAUUGGAAUCUGGGUAUCGGUUUGGGUAUGAUCUUGUGCUGCUGAUGCUGUGUUUCAAUUUGUCGGCCAUUCUGUGUCAGUAUCUCUCAAGUUGUAUCGGCAUGGUCACCGGGAAGAACCUUGCAGAGAUUUGCCGCCAGGAGUACAGUCGGCCGAUAUGUCUUGUUCUUGGUCUUCAGGCAGGAAUGUCCUUGUUAACUUCUGAAGUGUCCAUGAUUGCAGGCACAGCAGUUGGGUUCAAACUUGUAUUUGAAUACGAUGAUCUUUUGACAGUCAUAUGGUUUACAGGUGUUGUAGUGAAUCUGCUACCAUACACGCUGUCCCUUCUGGACAAGAGGAUGGCUGGAAUGUUUAAUACCUACUUGGCUGGCUUUACACUUGUUUGUUUUGUGCUUGGUCUACUCGUUAGUCAUCCCAAAACCUCUGUUAAUAUGAAUGCAAUGUUCCCCAAGUUGAGUGGUGAAAAUGCUUACUCACUGAUGGCGCUACUUGGCACAAAUAUAAUAGUGCACAGCUUCUAUACUCAUUCAUCAGUUGUUCAGGUUCAAAGAAGAUUUCUGGUUCCUACCCUUGGUUCCCCUGUUCCGUGAUCACUUUUUCUCUAUAGUUUUAUCCUUUUCUGGGAUUUUUCUUGUGAACUAUAUUCUGCUGAGCUCAGCGGCAGAUGAAUCAAAAAACGCAAUGGCCA